GGGACCCAGAGCUUUAAAACUGUCAUUAAGUUGCUUAAAGGACUGACAUUUGGUAGGAUUAUUAAACUUUUUAGAAAGAUCUCCAGAGGCAUAAUGGUGGCAGAUUUUGGCUUUUUAACAUGAAUUUGGUAAGAAUUAAUACUGGUAAAAAUGAAGUGGGUUCUGUGAGGUACUAAGUAGUCUAAAAAUUUUAGCAAAAAUCGACCAUUUGUAGUUGUUAAAGUAACUCUUGUAUUGUUCCUUUUCUGUGAUACUAGCAUACAUCAGAUUCUUUACCAGCAGUGCUAUUAUGAAAAAAUGUCCUUACAUGGUAGAUUCUAAAAGCCUAGUAAUAACUUGCUUAUUUUUAGCAAUAUCCUCUGAAAAAUUACUUUGGGGGCUAGUAUGAAAGUCCAUAUACAUGUGCCACGAUUUUUCUUCUUAACACUGAUGUGUUUCUAAUGGGGGUAUACAUUCCUCCGUGUGAUGAUUCUCAGUGUGUUACUGAUUUAAAGGGUUUGGGCAUCAAAUAUUUUUAAUGGUUUUAAAUACAUUAUACAUGUAUAUUUUGUUAACACUGACAUUUCUCUCCAUAGAUAUUUGGAAUUCUUACAACAUGGCAGACAUUGACAACAAAGAACAGUCUGAACUUGAUCAAGAUUUGGAUGAUGUUGAAGAAGUAGAAGAAGAAGAAACUGGUGAAGAAACAAAAAUCAAAGCGCGUCAGCUGACUGUUCAGAUGAUGCAAAAUCCUCAGAUUCUUGCAGCCCUUCAAGAAAGACUUGAUGGUCUGGUAGAAACACCAACAGGAUACAUUGAAAGCUUGCCUAGGGUAGUUAAAAGACGAGUGAAUGCUCUCAAAAAUCUUCAAGUUAAAUGUGCACAGAUAGAAGCCAAAUUCUAUGAGGAAGUUCAUGAUCUUGAAAGAAAGUAUGCUGUUCUCUAUCAGCCUCUAUUUGAUAAGCGAUUUGAGAUCAUUAAUGCAAUUUAUGAACCUACGGAAGAAGAAUGUGAAUGGAAACCAGACGAGGAGGAUGAAAUUUCGGAGGAGCUGAAAGAAAAAGCCAAGAUUGAAGAUGAGAAAAAGGAUGAAGAAAAAGAAGACCCCAAGGGAAUUCCUGAAUUCUGGUUGACUGUUUUUAAGAACGUUGACUUGCUCAGUGAUAUGGUUCAGGAACAUGAUGAACCUAUUUUGAAGCACUUGAAAGAUAUUAAAGUGAAGUUCUCAGAUGCUGGCCAGCCCAUGAGUUUUGUCUUAGAAUUUCACUUUGAACCCAAUGAAUAUUUCACAAAUGAAGUGUUGACAAAGACAUAUAGGAUGAGGUCAGAACCGGAUGAUUCUGAUCCCUUUUCUUUUGAUGGACCAGAAAUUAUGGGUUGUACAGGGUGCCAGAUAGAUUGGAAAAAAGGAAAGAAUGUCACUUUGAAAACCAUUAAGAAGAAACAAAAACACAAGGGACGUGGGACAGUUCGUACUGUGACCAAAACAGUUUCCAAUGACUCUUUCUUUAAUUUUUUUGCCCCUCCUGAAGUUCCUGAAAGUGGAGAUCUGGAUGAUGAUGCCGAAGCUAUCCUUGCUGCAGACUUUGAAAUUGGUCACUUUCUACGUGAGCGUAUAAUCCCAAGAUCAGUGUUAUACUUUACUGGAGAAGCUAUCGAAGAUGAUGAUGAUGAUUAUGAUGAAGAAGGUGAAGAAGCAGAUGAGGAAGGGGAAGAAGAAGGAGAUGAGGAAAAUGAUCCAGACUAUGACUCAAAGAAGGAUCAAAACCCAGCAGAGUGCAAGCAGCAGUGAAGCAGGAUGUAUGUGGCCUUGAGGAUAACCUGCACUGUAAUAGCCUAAACACAACUAUUAUUUACUUACAGCCUUAUGUUUUUGUAUUUUCUUGGUAGACUCAGUAAUUUUUUUUAAAGGAAAGGAACUGAUAAUUUUAAAGACCAAUUUGUUCUACUUAUCAUUUCAACUCUAGUUUUUCUGCCAGGUCUAUUGAUUGCACAAAUUCUUUCAUGCAUGUUCAUUCAUCACUACAUGGUUUGGUUCUUCUGGAGUAAUUUUUAUCAUGUAACAAAGAUUUUAGAUUACAGCUAUGAAAAUGAACAGAACUGUUAAACUUUUUUUUUUUUUUUUGCUUUGCCAAUUUUUUUCCUGAAGAACCAAAGUAUUUUUUUCAGCUGGUAGUUGAAUUGGGUUUACGUUUGCUUGCACUAGCUGUGCCUUUCAUUACUUUGCUGUAGAAAUGCAGUGACUUAGACUGAGACAAUUCCUCAUUUAAAAAACAAAAACAAAAAAAACUUGUUGAGACAAAUAUAUGGUUAAGAAUUUCCAGUAAGACCACAACUGAUAACUUAGAUUAUUAAUGGACUUUUGUAUUUUAGGUGACAUAGUUAGAAACCUAGUAAGGAAACCAUAGUAAAGAAAACUAACACAUAGUGUGGUUAUUGGUUAUUGUAGGGAAGUUGAAUAAAACCUAUUUUCAGAAGUUAAGCCUCAUUAUUUUAACUGUACUUUUAAAUAUAACUUCCAUUAACUAAGCAUCUUUUCUUUAUGGUAGGGUCUACCUUCUGCUUCCCUGGAAAGGAUGAAUUUACAUCAUUUGACAAGCCUAUUUCAAGUUUUUUUGUUAUUGUUUGUUUGCUUGUUUUUGUUUUUCCAGCUUAAAAUAAAAAUGUCAAAUAUAAUUUUAGUUCUCACAAGAUAAUGUCUUAAUUUUCUACUAAUUCAGGUAGUAGCAGAGGCCUAGCUUGAAUUAAGCAUUGUACCCAGUUUACCAUAUUAUGGAAGAGAAGUGUGUCAACUUUGGGAGAGGUACUACAUCUGCUAAUUAAGAAAGUAUAAAAAAGAAAGACAAAAUCUUAAAUGAUGUAAUGUUUUUUUAAAAGAUUAAAAGGUUAAAAUUUUAUUUCCUUUGAUUAGAGCUAGAGAGAAGGCCCCAAGCUUCUAUGGUUAAUUCUGAUUCUUACUGCUUUUAAAGUAUGAGUAUGUCAUUUACCCAUGCUUCUGUUUACUAUGUAUUAAAAUGGGUAGUACUGUUUACCUAACUACCUCACAGAUCUGUUAAGGCAUAUUAAGUUAGAUUUUAUGAAAUGUUUCUCGAUCUCAUUAAAAGCUCAAAAAUUGGACCUAUUUGUACCACAAGUAUGAUAUUCAGCAUUUUAUUCAUACCAGGGUUUGAUAAUUCAACUGGAAAACAAAGGUUUAAGUACCUCUGUUCUGGAUCUGGUCAGGCAACAUUCUUGCAGAUCUUUGUGUGGCUCCUAUCUUAAUAGAAGCUGCUAGAAGAGCAACUCUUUGAAAAGGUCCAAGGAUUGUUUUUAGGUAUUUUAGUUAUGACCAUAUUGUAGUAAAAUACUACAGAGAUCAUGGGACUAACGUAGGAAGAAGACCAUUUUUAGUUGGGGGGAAAUGCCAUUAAAUUUGAGUCUGUAGAGCCACAUUUAAAAUACCUCAGGCUAAUUACUGUUAAUUUUUUGUGAUGAGCUUAAAAGCUUUCAUGUGAGGGUGGACUAAACGGAUUAUAAUUAGAGGAUGGCCUAGAGUUCCUGCUCUUAAUAAAAUUACAUUGUUUUUAGAAGUGAUAGAGCUUCCGUUUUGAAAAUUUAGUAUUUAAAGAUCUUGGAAUGUGAACACAUCUUGUUAUUUGUGUAAUACUAUUCAUUCCUCUUCUGAGAUUUUAAUUAACUACUGGAAAUCCUUAACCAGUUGCAGUAGUGUGUAGGAAAAAAAAUGCCAUGAAAACACCUUGUUUUUCCUCUUUAUUUUGAAAAUGUUUUUGGUUGCUUUGAUUAGACAUUCUUUGCUGAUUUUUGUUUUUGUACCCAUAGCUCAUUCGAUCACAGCCUUUUCUGAACUUAAAAAAAUUUAAAGAUAGAAUCCCAUUUUUAAUGAACUUAAGUAGCAGAACCACUAUUUUUUUUUCAUUCCUUUAGGUAAUAGCUAUUGCCAAAGUGAAGGGGCAGAUACUAUUUCAUCUUGUUAUAUAAAGGGAUGUGGUUUGCAGAGGAAUUGUUUUCUUAAUAAAUUUGGCAUUGCAAGGGAUAUCAGUGUUCAUCUAUGCCAUCUCUCCAGUUCCAAAAUGGUUCUAUUCCAUUUUAGAAAUUUGAAAUAUGUAAUUUGAAAUCCUUAAUAAAAUUUGC